AUGAACUACAGUUUGCCGACGACGACUAUUGAUCCAGCUGUCGAAAGAUUAAACACUGCUCGUAUUGGAAUACAGCGUUUUGGUCAGCCGAUUCUUUUUACACUGGGCAUGAUAGGUUGUAUUCUGAACAUUGCCAUCUUUCUCCGUUCUUCAAUGCGCACAAAUUCAUGUGCUAUUUAUUUUCAUGCAAGCUCAUGGGCAAAUCUGUCUUGUUUAACAUGGGGCUUAUUCGUUAGUAUGAUGGGUUAUUUUCUCAACUAUAAUCCAUUGACAUACAUUUCUGUAUACUGUAAAGUUCGUUAUUACAUACUGACUGCUUCUCAAUUGGCAAGUCGUGCUUGUGUGGUUCUCGCAUGUCUUGAUCGGUUCUUACUUUGUUCACAAUCAGUUGGACAACGAUCAUUUUGUCGACCGAACGUGGCAUUCAAAGUUAUGUUAGUAACUGUUGCAAGCUGUGCUGUUCUAUCGAUUUAUGUCCUUGUCGUUUAUGAUUCAUUUCCGCAAGCACGCCAAUGUACGACUUCAACAGCGGCGGGAAAAGUUAUCGAUACGACAGUUUUAUUUUGCUUCAAUUUUGGAACACCCGCUCUCCUCAUGAGCACAUUCAGUGGACUGAUCAUCUGGCGAUUAAAGAGAAAUUCAACACGAGUGGGUCGACAAAGAGUCCAUGUACGUCAUCGAGAUCUUCAACUUGCCGCUAUGCUCAUCGGACAAGUGAUUCUAUACAUUGUGACAGCACUUCCAUUUGUAAGCACAUUCGUUUACCUGACAAUAACGCAGUAUGAUCCACAAUCCAGCAAAUCGGCAUAUCGAAUUGCAGCGGAAAAUUUAACUCUAACAGCAACGGGUAGUUUCGGUACAUUUAUAUUCAAUGCGUUAACAUUUUAUGUUUAUACACUGACAGCGCCAAGUUUUCGUCGUGAAUUAUUCAGACUAAUCGUUCCGAUAUGCUGGAUGAAUCAAUUUGUGGCAAGAGAACAAAGUCAGAUGACUCGAACAAACCGAAUUCACCCAUCAAUUCGAGACGCUUUGUCGAUGAAAUUUCCCGAACAAACCUAA